GCUUUUCUUUGCUUUCCCUUGUCUCAAAUCUCAGCGUCUCCUCCACCAUCGCAUCCAGGCUUCUCCAUCCAUUCGGAGAUACUUUGACGAUACGAGCGCCCCAGACUCCCGAAGCCCCAGGCUCUGCUGCGCCAUCUCAGCUCACUCAUCGGUGCUGACCAACCAGCUGCCAGUCAUCACGACAUCAGCCCGCCGAGCUGCCCUACCUAUCACGAGGACACACACGAGCGCAGACGACCUCUUGUCUCAACUGCGGCCCAACGUGAUUUUUUUUUGUCUUCAUUUUUUUUUCCUCCCAAAAGACAAAAGUGUACACAGACAAGUUUGCUUGACUCGCAGACUUGGCUUCGACUUUAAACUUACCACAGCCUAUAUACAUAGGUACUAUUUCUUCGCCCAAGCCAGCAACAUCGCAUUGCAUCUCAUCGCAUCCUCCGUAGAGCAUUUUUCCAUAGCUAUGAGCGGUAGUUCCGUCGUCCAACACAUCGAUGCCGUCGACGCCUUUGCCAGAACCCUUCACGUGCGCACCACUCAGUCAACUGUCCCGUUGCUCUCGACAGACGCUUCUCAGGCCGUUCGCAACCUCCACAAUGCCCUGCGCGAUCUCCGCGUCGAGGCCGCCGACCCGGAUUCACGCUUAAACGCCUCAGACUCAUCGUCUUAUCUGAAGCAGCUAAACUCCAUCAUCAAGGACUCUCAGACUACGCUGAAGCAGCUCGAGCUUGUGCUGGAUCUGAACACCAGGGGCGGGGGGCCGUAUGCUGAUGGCGCUGCUGAGGGCAUCGCUGCUGUGCAGACCAAGCUGGUUCACCAAAAGACAGUCAUAGAUGCCUUUUUGGAUCUGGUGCAACUGAGCAGCGCUCCGCCAAGCAGUGGCCGUCGCGGCCCCAGUCUGGAAUACAUCAAAGAGAAGGUUGACACCAUCGGGCGCAAGCUUUUCCGUCGUGAUAGCGCCAACAGUAAAUCUACUGGAGGUGGCGACGACAAGCUGUGGAAAAGGUUCAAGGGCGAGCUUGUCAAAGAAGGGUUCUCGUCAAAGGUGCUGGACGAGCAUGAGGAUGUUCUGCGCGCCUACAUUCACGAGAUCGAGACCAUGCUAUCCGCCAAAGAUGGCGCUCCCCCUACUGUCCAAGGCCUCUUAGAACUAGACGGCAACUCUGUACCCGCGUCUGCGCACAAGUAUGGUCGCCAUAUGACCUUUCCGCUCGCCGAUUAUCAAAAGGCUCCUACCAGCAUGAAGACUGAACGAUUGAUGCCGGAUCAACCCUCAUUCCCAUCGCUAGCUCCAGAGCUCUCUUAUGAUCCUCGUUCUUGGGCUUCAGUUGAGCUUGACGGCAAUGUUGCCGGCUCAUUUAAGUUUAUCUCGACUCAAGACUUGAUCAUGCUGGACUCUCUCGGUACCGGAAUGGCUGGCCUCCAUUUGAGCAGCUCUCCGCCACAGGCCGAUAUACCAUCCUUCCAGCCCAUGAUGUCUGGUGCAAUACCGCUGCCUGAGAUCAAAAUAUCUGGCUCUACAGCUCCUCAGCCGAUUCCUCAAAAGAGCAAUCUUCAUGUAGAGGGAACACCUCAGGUGUACGGUUCUAGUGCUCCGCCGGCAUAUGGAGGCGCACCGAUGCCCCGCCUGGCUCCUGAUAGUUACGGCCGGGAUAUCCCUAUGGGCGCCGAGUGGACUAAGAUCGACCGCUCUCUCGUUAGCCCCGAAGCCCUUCACCGGGCUGGAGUGCGGUACGAAGCUCGCCCAGGCUAUGUUGCUGUCCUUGGCCGCCUGUCUCCCGAUCAAGUUACAUACUAUGCCCGUUUGAGCGCUGAAUGCCGUGCUUCUCGGCAAGCUACGAUCCCAAGCAAACAGCGUUCUCACCAUACGAAGAAACAUGAGCGGACAGGCUCGGAGAGUAGUCGAGAUGAGAAUGCCGAAGAUGACAAAGACUCAGAGCACCAGAGCGACAUUUCUGACGAUGAUGAUAAAGACUCUGGUGAAAAGGGAAAUAAGAACUAUCCCAUCAUUGUGAACCCGCCAGAAAAAGGCAAAACGUCUCCAACUAGUUCCACCAUGCCGAAGUCCAUCUUGAAGAACAAAAACACGAAUCACGUGCGGUUUGACCCUGAACCUUAUGAGGUGAAUCCCCGAGCAGAAAAGGAAAGUCGUGAGCAUCGAGACUCCAGCUCUUCAAAGAAGUCUCGAGAUCGCGAUGAAAGAGACAGGGAUGACCAUUCCAAGCGCCGAGAAGACAGAGACAGGAGACGGCGAGACAGCGACCCAUCAUAUGGCGACAAACAUCGCAGGGAUAGAGAUCGAGACCGAGAUCGACGAGACCGAGACAGAGACCGAGACCGAGACCGAGAUGACAACUACCGGCUACACACUAGUGACCGUGAUCGCCGCGAUGACCGCAGGCGAGACAAGACAGCCAAUAAGACGCCUUGGGCCGAAGCACUUGGUGCGGUGGGCAUUGGCGGCGCUGCUGCCAGCUUGCUGGGGGUUUUGGCUGAAGCCGCCAUAGGAAAUUAAUGAGGCGAUGUGCCAUCAAGACGCUUCUACCAUCUGAUGCCAUGAUUUGAGAUGUUUUCCCGCCUCAGAUUUUCAAAGAUUUCGCUCUUUCUUCAAUUCGUUUUGAAACAAUCCUUUUAAAACAAUCCUUUGCAUUCUUCUUUUGUAUAAACACUCAGGUGCUAGUUGGCUGUUACAACAAACAACUGGACCUUUUUUUUUUUCUAUUGGGCUUUUGAUAAACUAUUUUGAUAACACGACUUCAUGACAGGAUAUAUAUUUUCAGCUGUGGCAGUAGCUAUUUUGAAGGAGGAAAGACGACUGGUAGAUACCCUAGGCUAGGUUCAUCCUUUGUACAUAUUGACUAUUAAGGCAUGGAUAGAUGGAUCGAAUGAAUCACGAAAUUAUGACUACUAUACUGC